AUGAAAAAAUUUCGUGAUAAAUACUUAGCAUGGGCAACAUUGCUAGUGAAUGUCGUGAUGGUAGCUGCUAAAAUAAUCGCCUCGUACCUAUCUCAUUCAAUGUCUAUAAUCAGUACACUGGUUGACAGUGCAAUGGAUAUAACUAGUGGUGUUGUAAUUUACAUAUGUGUACGAAUGAUAAACAAAACAAAUCCUUAUGAAUAUCCAAUUGGAAGAAAUCGUCUUGAACCAGUUUCGAUACUUAUUGUAGCUGUCAUCAUGAUUAUGGCAAAUCUUAUGAUCAUAAUUGAAACAGCUUUGGCAGUUAUUGAUAAAACAGUAAUUAAUUUUAUUUGGAUCAAUCCAAUUGUUACAAUUCCUGUGACAAGUGUGAUGUGUGCCGGAACAUUCUUCAAAUUGGUAAUAUUGAUAUUCUGCAAAAAGUAUGAUAGUCCGAACAGCAGAGUAUUGGCUCUAGAUCAACGUAACGAUAUUAUAACCAAUAUUGUUGCCUUAGUUGCAGCGUUUAUUGGGCAUCGUUGGUGGAAAUACGCUGAUCCAGUCGGCGGAUUUUUAGUUUGUUUAUUUAUUGCGAAAAGUUGGUUAGGGAUCGCUAGAAAACAAAUACCACUGUUAGUCGGAAAGGCUGCCAAGCCGGAAUAUAUCAGCCGGCUAAGCAAAAUAGCGAUUAACUACGAUCCGAGAAUCGAGUCUAUUGAAACGCUGACAGUUUAUCAUCUGGGUGAAAAAUUUUUGGUUGAACUCCAUGUCAUAAUGUCGGCGGACAUGUUGCUGCAUGAGGCUCACGACAUAUCAGGAAGUUUGCAGAUGAAACUUGAGCGACUUCCAUUUGUGGAAAGAGCAUUUGUCCACUGUGAUUAUGGAAAAGAAGAUGAAGAGCAUAUAAAUCAUUUUCGCUAG